UAUUCCUUCACCAUUUACGCCCCCUGCGCACUGUAAAAUAACCCUCAGCCCCUCCUUCAUUGUCUAUCUCUCAUUCUCUCUCAUCUCUCUUCUUUCUCUCACUAAAAUCUGCUGAUCCAAAUUUAGAAAGCCUCUUCUUUCCUGGAAGUUAGUGAAUUUUCGGCAUUAUCGUUUUCUUGUCUGUUAUGUUGGUUUGAUGAAGCCCCCUUGGAUCCUUUUCGGAUGAUUCUGGUGAAAACAAGUUGGGUCAUAAAAGGUUGCUAUAUCUAAUAAUGAACUGGUUAUAGAGAAAGAUAGGUUUUUGCAAAUUCCAUUGUAAAACUAAACAGUUGUUUCCACCCUGAACAUGGAUGCUUCUGAGAUUGAAGAAAAUUUAAUCUCCAUUGGUGAGCCAAAGUUACAUGGCGAGAUGUGCAAGAGCCUGUGUACCAUGUAUGUGAAGGUGCUGUCGGUUUUUCCAGACCUAGAAGCAGCUAGGCCAAGGAGCACAUCCGGCAUUCAGGCACUAUGUGCUCUGCACAUUGCACUCGAGAAGACAAAGAAUAUUCUUCAACACUGUGCAGAGUGUAGUAAACUUUACUUGGCAAUAACUGGAGAUUCUGUUGUUCUAAAAUUUGAGAAGGCAAGAUCUGCCUUAGAAGAUAGUUUAAAUCGGGUUGAAGAUAUAGUUCCACAAGUUAUUGGUACUCAGAUUGCUGAGAUAUUAGCUGAGCUAAGAACUAUUGAGUUCGCACUUGAUCCCGUGGAGAAGCAAAUUGGUGACGAGAUCAUUGCUUUACUCCAGCAAGGAAGAAACUUCAACAGCAGUUCAAAUGACAAUAAUGAGCUUGAAUCCUUUCACCAAUCUGCUUCUAAAUUGGGUAUCACCUCUUCAAGAGCUGCACUUAGGGAGAGGAGGGCUUUAAAGAAGCUCAUAGAUAGAGCUCGUGCUGAGGAAGAUAAAAGGAAAGAGUCAAUCAUUGCUUAUCUUCUUCAUCUCAUAAGGAAGUAUUCAAAGUUGUUCAGGAGUGAUUUAUCAGAUGAUAAUGAUUCACAAGGCUCAACGCCUUGUUCACCUACUGUUCAGGGAUCUUUGGAUGAUGGUAUUGUUCUGGGCCGCAAUGGCUGUGCCUUUGACCGACAACUGUCAAAACUCAGUUCUUUUAAUUUUAAGUCCAAUUUCCGGAGAUCAGAGCAGAUGACAGUCCCUCCUGAAGAGUUAAGGUGUCCAAUAUCAUUGCAACUUAUGUAUGAUCCAGUUAUUAUAGCUUCUGGGCAAACAUAUGAAAGGGUUUGCAUUGAAAAAUGGUUCAGUGAUGGGCACAAUACUUGCCCUAAAACUCAGCAGCAGCUCUCUCAUCUAUCGUUGACUCCAAAUUAUUGUGUUAAAGGUUUGGUGGCUAGUUGGUGCGAACAGAAUGGACUUCCUGUUCCAGAUGGCCCACCAGAGUCCCUUGACCUUAAUUACUGGCGUCUAGUGUUAUCGGAGAGUGACUCGACAAAUUCAAAGUCAUUAGAAAGUAUCAGUUCGUGCAAGUGCAAGGGUGUCAAGGUGGUACCUUUAAAUGAUAGUGGGACCAUUGAGGAAGCUGAAGGUAAUGAAGAGGAAGAGAUUUCUACACAGGAAGAUGAUUGUGAAGUUAAUGUCUUUCAGAAAUACGAGGAUUAUCUGAGAAUUUUGGAGAAGGAGGAUGACUUGAUGAAGAAAUGCAAAGUGGCAGAGCAAAUAAGACACUUGCUAAAAGAUGACGAAGAAGCCAGGAUUUAUGUUGGGGCGAAUGGUUUUGUCGAAGCACUGCUGCUGUUUUUGGAGUCUGCUGUCUCUGCCAAGAAUGGGAUGGCUCAGGAAAUUGGGGCAAUGGCUCUAUUCAACCUUGCUGUAAAUAACAACAGAAACAAAGAAUUGAUGCUGGCAUCAGGAGUACUUCCAAUACUACAGAACAUGAUUGUUGAUACUGAUUCUGUUGGAGCAGCUACAGCUCUUUACCUGAAUCUUUCGUGCCUUGAGGAGGCCAAGUCCAUUAUAGGAACUACGGAGGCUGUCCCUUUCUUGAUCUGGGUUCUUAAGAAUGAAACUCACGAGCAAUGUAAACUUGAUGCUCUCCACACACUCUAUAACAUUUCGAGUCAAGCCACGAAUAUUUCUCACCUCCUGUCUGCUGGCAUUGUUGAUGCCCUCCAAGCUCUCAUCACACACCCUAGUGACCAAGCUUGGACGGAGAAAUGCAUUGCUGUGCUAAUAUAUCUAGCCUCAAGUAACACCGCAAGAGAUGAGAUGAUAAAGACUCCCGGGCUGAUCGGUUCACUUGCCACCAUUCUGGAUGUUGGUGAGCCUGUUGAACAAGAACAAGCCGUGGCUUGUCUUCUGAUAUUGUGUAAUGCAAGUGAGAAGUGCAGUCAAAUGGUCCUUCAAGAAGGGGUGAUACCUUCGUUGGUGUCCAUUUCAGUGAAUGGGACUGUGAGAGGGAAACAGAAAGCGCAGAAGCUUUUGAUGUUCUUCCGGGAGCAGCGGCAACGAGAUCCACCACCUGGUCCUACACAGCCGGGGUGUCAGAGUAGUGAGGCGGGGUUGCCCCCCGAAGAUACAAAACCAUUGUCCAAGACGGUUUCGAGAAGAAAAGUCGGUAAGGUAUGGGGUUUCUGGUGGAAGAACAAGAGUUUCUCCGUAUACCAUUGUUAGAAGGGAGUUUCCAAAGGGAGUUUACUGCUGUAAACUUCUUCUCUUGCCCCGACGGGUGCGACCCAAGACACUAGGAUAGAUGGUGUAUGAGUAUAAAAAUUAACGGUAGAAGAAGAGCAAAGCAAUGUGUUGAAGGAAAUCUUAGGUGUGAAUAGUUUGUUGUAAAUCCUGGGAUUCGGCUGUGGAGCUGAGUAACGUUUUGGUAUAAGCCUUAUAUCAUGAAAUGAGCUCCAAAUUUGUCUCUCGUUCUGCGCCAAAGCAAUCACCCAAUUUUGUAGGUAUUUUUUUUCGUAGAAGCUCACUUGCUAGUUUCUUAGUUCUCUCUUUCUUCUGGAGUCGUAGUUAUAGUUGCAGUCGCUAGUUGCCACUAUGUAAUGCUACUACUUUUCUGCAUUUGUGAAAAGAAAAUGAAAAAUAUAAAUUUGUUAGCAUUCA